GAACGGGUCGAACCAUCGCCGUCAGAAGCAGCGGAUUGUUCAAUUUUGACAGUGCAGUAAUGCAAUCGCAGCAGCACGACGGCAGCGAAAAAUGGCUGAUUUGAAAAGAUCAACAACAACGUCGUCGUCCUCGAAUAAUAACAGCAGCGGAAGCGCCGCAACUGGAAGCAGCAGUAGCAGCAGCAAGUCGCGCAAAUCCAAGAAUGAUCUGAUUCGUAGCGCCGUAGGCAGUUAUCUCAAGCAGCGGAACUACAUCGUAAACGAUCGGUACCGGAAGUCGGAUCUCAUUCUAACGCAGUCCGCCGAGCAAAUUGCAAUGAACACUGCCAUCGAGAACGAGAUUUCCAAGGCGAACAGUUUUCUAUUCUCGAACAUCUUCUGUCUGAACAAUAAUCCGGCCCAGGUGGAUCAGCACUUUGUCAAGCUAUGCAAGUACAUCAAAUGCCAGUCGGAAUCGGUCCGGAGCGAGCUAUCCGAGCUGGUAAACCCUCUUCUUUGCCAUUUGUAUAUUGAAAUGUUGAAGGGCCGCGACUGGCGACCGGCGAUCGUAUUCUUGCGCAAGCAUGCCACUUUGCUGGGAAAGAUCGAGCCUAGCGCGGUCCCACCAAGCACCUCCCCACUAAUUAUGAAUCAGAAAAUCAACGGCACCGUAGAAGAACAACAGGCAUCCGGAAUUCCCGCCGCAACAGUUCAAAAUUCUGUUAUCGUUUUCUCGUCUGUGCCGAGCAGUACAACAGAAACCACCGCGAAUGCCAGGUUGGAAACGUUUAAGCAACUGGUGCACAAGCUCUCGCAAAUCACCCGCAUCCAGGAUUUGGACAACGACCCACUGACGCUUCGGUUUCGCUCCUGUCAGUAUGAAAUGAAACUAGGAUCUGCAUCAAUUGCAGCCCUCAGACGGUAUCUGGCCAAGCACGGUCACUCCUUGAUACUACAGAUCCUUCGAAAUUGGUUCUAUUUCGAAACUACCGCAGACAAAGACUUCGUCGAUUUUAAUCCAGACAUGGCUUCGCCCAAAGCUCAUAAAAAACCUCGAAUUGUUUCGAUUUGCAACGGAGUGGAUCUUAUGAACGGGUGUCCGAUAGAAAUGGAUGCAACGGAAGCACCUUCUGAACCGGAGUACAACUUCAGCGAACAUACCGAGGCGGAAAAUACAAAGUUCCUACUACGGAAUGGAUUCAGUACCGAGUAUAUCCAGUUCAAGCUCCGAGAGUUGAACGGUGGCUUGGACGGAGGAGGAACCACUAUGGACCUGGACGACGAUGAUGACGACGACGAUUCGUCAUACCUCCCAGCACUAGAGGAGAUACCACCAGCCAGCAUCAAGCCGGAAGUGUUCACAGAUGGAGGUACGCUGCAGCAGCAAUUUCAAGACGACAUAUCUGGCAUGUUCCGGCGGGUAACCGCGGCGGAACGGCUUCGUAAGCUUCGAGAAUGCACGGAAAAGUUGAACCGCUUUCAAGCCCCACUUUGUAUCUAUCAGGUGGAGAACGUAGACGAACGGUUAUCGUCGGUUGCCAUCGACGAGGACAGUUGCCAUCUGGCCAGUGGGUUUGAGGAUGCUUCGAUUGUUUUGUGGUCGGUUAAUCGGAGCACCCAGAUCGGGCGGAAGCCGUACGCCGGGUUGCGAGAGGGACAGUGCUGUUGGAAUGUGACUAGCUGUGAUAGUAGAUUUAGCGAGGAGGAAGAGGUGGAAGAUGAUGAGGAAGACGAAGAGGAUCAAGGGGGAGGAGGAGCAGGAGGAGAAGGAACGUCGAACAGCGAUUCGAGUGGUUUGUUCCGCGCUAAAACGCAAGCAGAUGUGGAUCGGUUGAACAAGUUGCUUCCGGUUUAUAGUCGGAGACUGAGCAAGCGAGAGCGAUGGAAGCAAUUUAUGAGCCGGAAGUGCAGUGAAAAUGUUUUUAGCGAAACCGGCGGCGUCACCUUGCGCGGCCACUCGAACGCCAUUACGGAUCUCCUGUUUUCGCGGCACAGUCCUCUGCUGAUGAGUGUCUCGCGGGAUCUUACGAUGCGGGCUUGGCAUGCAAACGACUACACCUGCAGAGCGGUGUACCGUGGCCACAACCAUCCGAUCUGGAGUGUGGCGGAAAGUCCGACUGGGCUGUAUCUGGCCACCGGUUCGCGAGACACGACUGCACGGCUUUGGUCCACGGAUCGUGAAUUUCCCCUGCAGAUCUACGUUGGUCACACGCAAGACGUGGACACCGUUGCGUUUCAUCCCAACGGAAACUAUUUGGCCACUGGAUCGGCGGAUCUGACCGUCCGACUGUGGUGCGUUACCAGUGGCAAACUUUUCCGGAUCUUCACCGACUGUCGACAGCCGAUUCAUCGAGUAUGUUUCAGCCCGGAUGGAAAAUACCUCGCUGCUGCUGGUGAGGAAAAUCGUGUUCGGAUCUUUGAUCUCGCCGCGGGCUCUCAGCUCACCGAAUUACGGGACCACACGUCCGGCGUAACCUGUGUCACGUGGAGCUCCGACAGUCGCCAUUUCGUGUCGGCCGGCUCGGACGGAACGGUCCGAAUAUGGGAUGCUGUGAAGAUGGUCACCUCCACUUCCUCAUCGUCGUCGUCGUCAUCAUCUUCCAGUUCGAGUGCUUCCGUCAAUCAGCAGCACACAAUCAGUAGUCCAAGUAAUGGAACAACUUCCGGUGGGAGCAGUACGGCUGCAAACAAUGGCCCCACCGCCGCCAAUCAUACUCAGAAGACCAGUAGUUCCUCAGCGACGACGGCGACGGCUGGGUCGUCCUCAAGCAAUACAGCAAACAAUUUGCUGCUGGCCUAUUCGACUGGUUGCCGGCGAAUCUACCGGUUGCACUACAAUCAACUCAGUGGGAGUCUUAGCUGCAUUGGCAACAGCUAAGGAAGGACAACUCGCCCUUGCCCUCCCCAAACUACUUCAGCAACGCAGAGUUAAGUAUUAUUUAUUCUCUUUAUUUGUUCUCUUUAGUUCCCUGUACUUUUAUCCCAAUUAAAAAAACAAACAAAAUCUCUCGUUACCCUGAUCGAUUGCGAUAUACUCAGAGAGUUGCUCUUUAAAUAGCACCUAAACAAUAGGACUUUGUGUAGAAAGAGAGAGGUGGGAUUUAGUCCGAUUUUUUAUUGUUUAAGUAUCCCUGUUUUUAGUAGCGUAAGUUAGAUUCUAGGUAUCAAUCCCUAAACUUAAACAAACGAUACAAAUUACAAUGCUACUGGAAGAUCCUAGAAGGAACGAUUAGCGUUUGAACGAAUUGGACGUCACACAUCUUGUAGCUAGGUGGUCAACAAAGUUUGGAAUGGAUGUCUAAUGAUUGCGAUGAUUGUGCAACGAGUCGAGGAAAUAAACCGCUGCUACUAGGUACUUCAAAAGUUACAAAAA